GGCGCCACCAGUCAAACGCGCUCCGCGCCAGCUGCUGCAUUAGCCGCAUCCCAGCCAGCCGCCGUCCGCAAACAAAACUCGCUGCCGAAGUUUGUUCGUUUGCUGUUACUUUUUUUUCUCCCCCUUCUCGGCUGGUUGUCGGACUUGGCGUGCGUGUUUGUGUGUGUGCUUCGGGGGUCUCGUCGGAAUGUGUGCGGCGGCGCCGAUUCAGGGAAACGCUUCGCUAUAACGGCCGUCCUGCUUAGGUCAUGCUUCUAAGGGACUGCCCGUCGUAUCUUCAGGAUGUGUGAUCGUGUGUCCGCUGUGCCGAUGUGACCGAUCGGCAAGCGCAAAGUGCCCCGUGCUACACAGGAGCGUCGUCGUCGUCGCCUUGUGUGUGUGUGCGCCCCUGGAGUUCUGGGGGGGGUUACCCCCGUCCCGUCUGGAUCCGUCAUGGCUAAUCCACCGACCAGACGGCACGGAUCUAUGAAGAUCAGAUUGACAGUGCUGUGUGCCAAGAACCUGUGCAAGAAAGACUUCUUCCGUCUUCCUGACCCAUUCUGCAAGAUCAGCGUAGAUGGUUCGGGCCAGUGCCAUUCGACGGAUGCCUGUAAAAAUACUCUAGAUCCCAAGUGGAAUCAGCAUUAUGACCUGUACCUGAGCCGAUCGGACUCCAUCACAAUCAGCGUGUGGAACCACAAGAAAGUCCAAAAGAAGCAGGGGGCCGGCUUUCUAGGAUGUGUGCGCAUCAUGGCCAAUGCCAUACAGCAGCUCAAGGACACCGGCUACCAGCGGCUAGACCUGAUGAGGAAUACACCGGGGGAGGAGGGUGGGGACCUUGUCCGAGGCCAAAUCGUCAUCAGCCUACUCUCCCGCGAUGGGCACGGCCUCGGAAGCCAGAACGUCGUGGUCGACAACAACCUGAGCGCCCUCGCUUGCCACGAGGACCUGCCCGAGGGGUGGGAGCAGCGACGAACGGCCACUGGCCGCCUCUACUACGUCAACCACUGGAGCCGCUCCACGCAGUGGGAGAAACCGCUCAGGCCCGCGUACGAAAUGGUGAACAUGGUUGCUCCCCUCUCCAACCGGAACAGCAUGCACGUCGGCAGCAUCAGUGCCGGCAGCGCGGCAAACUCUCGGGCUCAGCGCCGGUCUUUGCCUCCGCCUGCGUCGUCCUCCAACGAUGACGCCCAGCCACCCCCUCCUCCUCCGCCUCCUCCUCCUCCUCCACAGGAUGAGCGCAACGGAGCGCCACCAUCACCGUCCCCGCCACCUGCGAGUUCUCCGCAGGCGGACACACCACAGUCCAACGCUCGGCGGCGGUCGACGCGGCAUCGUAACUACCUGGCCCGCAACCAGCUUCACAGGGCAGCUGACCUUCCCGAGGGAUACGAGGUACGGACGACGCAGCAGGGACAGGUCUACUUCUACCACGUGGCAACAGGGGUCAGCACGUGGCACGACCCCAGGGUGCCUCGCGACUUCCCCUCUGGCGACCUUGAAGCCCUGGGACCCCUGCCUCGGGGCUGGGAGAUUCGGUCGACGCCCACGGGACGCCUGUACUACGUGGACCACAACAACCGCACCACACAGUUCACCGACCCCCGUCUCCCUCUGCUGGGACUCACACCAGCUGCCAGGAGAGCACUGCCCAUGUCCCAAACGUCAUCGGCACAGGGACAUCAGAUGUCUCCUGCCCAUGCUUCGCCGGCGCCUUCUGCUCCGACCUCGAACAUGACCUCCGGGUCUUCGAGCCUGACAUCGUCGAGCACGGCGGCUCAGCCCAGCACGGCUCCACCCAGCCUGUCGUGUCUGCCCAAGUACAAACGGGACCUGGUGCAGAAGCUGACAGCGCUGCGGCAGGAGCUGCAGACGGUGCAGCCCCAGUCGGGCCACUGCCGCCUGGAGGUCUCUCGGGAGGACAUUUUCGAGGAGUCGUAUCGGCUCAUCAUGAAGAUGCGUCCCAAGGACCUCAAGAAGCGGCUCAUGGUCAAGUUCCGUGGCGAGGAAGGUCUCGACUACGGUGGCGUGGCCAGGGAGUGGCUGUACCUUCUGUCGCACGAGAUGCUGAACCCAUACUAUGGCCUGUUCCAGUACACGCGAGACGACAUCUACACGCUCCAGAUCAACCCGGACUCCUCGGUGAAUCCGGAACACCUGUCGUACUUCCAUUUCGUGGGGCGCGUCAUCGGGUUGGCGGUGUUCCACGGCCACUACAUAGACGGCGGCUUUACGCUGCCUUUCUACAAAAUGCUCUUGGGGAAGCCCAUCCACCUGGACGACAUCGAGGUCGUUGACCCGGACCUGCACCGAAGCCUGACCUGGAUGCUGAACAAUGACAUUGGGGACAUCAUAGACACGACCUUCUCCGUGGAGCACAAUGCCUUUGGACAGCUCCAGGUACACGAACUCAAGCCCAACGGCAAGGACCUGCCCGUCACGGACGACAACAAGAAGGAAUACGUCAGGUUGUUUGUCAACUACCGGUUCAUGCGAGGAAUCGAGCAGCAGUUCCUGGCGCUACAGAAGGGCUUCAGCGAACUCAUUCAUCCGAACCUGCUGAAGUCCUUUGACGAGAAGGAACUAGAGCUGGUGAUUGGCGGGCUGGGCAAGAUCGACCUGGAGGACUGGAAGGCCAACACGCGGCUCAAGCACUGCACGACCGACAGCAACGUUGUCAAGUGGUUCUGGCGGACCGUUGAGUCAUACAGCGAGGAGCGGCGAGCCCGGCUCCUCCAGUUCGUGACGGGCAGCUCGCGAGUUCCCCUCCAGGGCUUCAAGGCUCUCCAGGGUUCUACGGGAGCGGCAGGACCCAGGUUGUUCACGAUACACAUGAUUGAUGCCAACACGGACAACUUGCCAAAGGCACAUACGUGCUUUAACCGGAUUGACCUGCCUCCGUACGAAACGCAAGAAAAGCUCAGCGAGAAGCUGACCCAGGCCAUCGAGGAGACUUGUGGUUUCGCUGUGGAGUGACUUACGUUUAAUAGUUUUCAAAUAUGCCACGUCAUCACCCAAGUUGUCAGUGACGACACAGUGUGGACGGUGGCACUUCCAACUCCGACGGUGCGUCACAUCGCCCGCAGUCCAGCGCGUCGUGUGUUCUCAAGAGCUGUGCCGCGCCACCUCGUGGUCGGGAGAGGUCCGGCAACACGAAGCAGCUAUCGCCUCGGCUGACGCGUCCCAGCAUGUUUGGAUGUGCGACGAAACCACUAACGAUCGCUUAUUGGCGUGUGUGUGUGUGUGUGUGUGAAAGUUUAGCUGAGCAGCUGUACGGGUCUUUGUUUGUCUCUCUUUUUUUAAAUCUUGCGUAGCUUUCGGACUGCUCAUGUUCUCAUUGCAAUUGAACGAACGCAUAUAUACUCGCUCUCCACUUGCACGAGAGAGAGAGAGGAUUAUCACGUGUGAUAAGAAGCUAGAUUAGCUGAUGCCGAAAGACGCAACAAAAUGCAGUCGUCUCUUCCUGAUGUUUUCUUCCUUUAUGUUUUUUUUUUUUUUUUUUUUUUCAUACUGCCACUGCCAUUACAAUGACAGAACAACGAGUACAGUUAUCCUCUCACUCGUUCUUCUCCUCUUCUUCCUUUUUUUUUUUCUUUCAACUCUUCUCCUGCCAGUGUUGCAUUCUUCGUUCAAAUUUCGCAUUGUACAAAGUCUUCUGUGCGCACCGGUGCUUCGCUUAGGAGCAGAAGGUGUUCCGCGGAGGAUCAUUGCAGUUGCUCAUUUCCGAGCUUCGUCUCUCGCUCUAUGCUCUAUGUAAGAACUCGACCCUUGUUGAGGUUUUCAGCAUCCUCGUGUUUUUUUUCAGAUUGUUGUUCCAAGUUGACACCGAGCAUGGAGCUCCUAGAAGAUACUAUCUCAUUUCUGUACAUAGUCACAACUCUCUCUCUUGACGAAACACUUUGUCACAUAUUUUGCUGCGCAGUUUUUUUUUUUUUUUUCCCCUAACGUACCAUCUAGUUAUGAAGCAACCGGUAUUGUUUACUCAUUGCCUUAUUUCUAUUUCUUGCAAGUAUUUUGUUGUGCUUUGCUGCUGAAAGCUUCAGUCACUGCUUGCCUCUCAUAAAAAAAAAUUGUGUGUAUAUAUUGUUCUUUCGUGCUUUUUUUUGUAUAGCAGCAUCUGAUGAGGAACUAGGCCUUGCUGAUCAAUUUCUUUAGAGGCUGCACAAAUCAGUGCUGUGGGAAUGCUUAGUUAGAUAAUCUCAUCAUCAAUAGGAAUUGCUUUUUGACCCCCAACAAUCUGAAUUUUUUACUGGUUGGGACAUGGCAGACAAGUUGAAAGUGCCCUGAAUGAAUUGUAUGAAGUCAUGAGUAGUCAUUGCGCGCCCCCCUUGGUGAACCACCCGGGAAUUUCUUUCUUUUUUUUUUUUAGUUGGAGUAGUUAUCACAGUGCACAUUGGUAACAGAAAGAAACAAACAUUUGCUGUGAUAGCCCUGGAAACGACAAGACUGCUUUUGAACACUUACCAACAAAUGCCGACACAAGAAAGUGAUUACUAUUUUUUGCUUAACUUUGUCAUACGCUGUGCAAAGUGCGCUUAUAGCUUUUCUUUAUUAUAAUUUUUGUGUGUUGUUAUAAUUUUUUUGUGUGUACUUGUUGUUUGACGAAAGGUGUGUGAUCGUGCUUGUAACUUUGCACCUUAUUUAAUGGACUGCUUCUAUAUAUUGUUUUUUUUUUUUCCUCAACGGCGUGCUUUUUUUUUAACCAUUUUUCUUUUCACCCACUGCGUGUUUAUUUCUUAUUUUUUACUAUAGUGCGCUAUUAUGAUGAUUAUUAUUAUUAUUAUGGCUUAUUUUUCUCCUGCUUUGGCACCCCCCUGUAUGGUUGGGUGAAGCAGACGUUGCACUGCACCACUUGUCUGUCUGUUUUUUGGCAACCAGCUGCAGCAACUAGUCCGAUGUGCCUCCGCCCCACUUAACCUUUUUUUUUUUCGUUCACAGACAGACGGCAUGAUCAUUUGCUUAGCUAAGCAUCCACCGCUUCUUACUGAGCCAUUUUACAUUCAAAUAGUGUAGCAAACCACCAUGUUCUCACAUGUGACAGUCGUAUGUUCCCACACGUGACAGUCACAUGUCUGGACAUAUGACUUCCAUGUGACAACCACAUUUGCACAUGACUCCCAUGUGACAUUUAUGUGUUUGCACAUAUGGCUGCCAUGUUGACAGUCACUGAGAGUCACAUGUCUACACAUGAGUCCCAUGAGACAGUCACAUGUUUGCACGUGACUCCCAUGUGACAGCUACAUGUUUGCACACACCGGGUGUUUCAGCGAACACUUCCAAAAUUUUUAAAGGUUGCCUGUGGCAGAUAACACAAUUCUAGUUCAUGAGCUGAUCUACUCGAAGAGGCGAACAUUACUUAUGCAAAAAAUUUAAAUGCAUAAUUGACUAAUUAACGGAAAUUCAUUAAUUAGAUUUUUAGCUAAUUACCUCGUGGCCAAUAUUGCAAUUUACAAAUUCUAGCCAUGGAGUUCGUAGGGCGGAUCCACUUGGAAUGAAUUCUCAGGAUAACACACCAGUUAUGAGAUAUUAAUUCUUGAACUUUGUGGUGAAAUGCAUUGGCAUUCCAGUUACUUUCUUAACAAAAUGUCGUUUUAUGCAUUGAAGCACAAAAGUAACUGGAACACCAAAGCAUUUCUUUGCAAUGUUCGUGAAUUAAUAUAUAUUGAAAUGGGUGCCAUCCUGAGAAUUCGUUCCAAGUGGAUCUGCCUUGCAAACUCCAUGGCUAGAAUUUGUAAAUUGCAAUAUGGGCCUUGAGGUAAUUAGUUAGAAACUUAAUUAGUGACUUUUUGUUAAUUAGUCGAUUAAGCUUUGAGGUAUUUGUGAAAGUAAUGUCUGUCUCUUCGAGUAGGCCAACUCAUGAACGAGAAUUGUGCUAUCUGCCACAGGCAACCUUCAAAAAUUUUGUGAGUGUUCACUGAAACACCCUGUAUGAAUGCCAUGUGAUGGUCACUGAAAGUCACAUGCUUGCAUAUGACUCCCCUGUGACGAUCACACGACUCCAAUGUGGAAGUCAGAUUUGCACAUGUGACUCCUGCAUGACAGUCAGUCUUUCUCUUGAGCAGUGUAUUUGUGCACUAAACCGCAAGUUUAGCUCGUAGCAAACAACCACCUAUCCAAGAUCUCACGGGGUGCCCAUGGACUUAUACUCCGUCUAGCUGACUCCAUUGCAAUGCAGCAGAAGCUACGGGUUGCAUCAGCCAAUCAGAACAGAGAACCAGGAGUAGGGUUCACUCCUCUAUCAUUUGCCUCUAGUUGUUCUCUGUGCAACACCUGCUGAACGGAACCGUCACAGAAGGUUUAUUACCACACAGUAGGCGAGCACUCUUCUUCGUUUCUUCGGAACAAGGAGCCGGUAUUUAUUGCAGAUUGGCUGGCACAACCCUUAGCCGUCACUCCACAGCACAGAGUUGACAAGACUGAAUAUAGUAUCAUUGGAUGCACCUGGAUGGAUUCUUCAAAGGAAGUAUGGGCUCCAUUCGUGUGUUUGUUCCUUCAUCUCUUUAGUUUCAUCUUCAGCAGUCAUGUGCAGUAGACCUGCAAUGAUUCAAGCAUCAAUAGUUGUAAAUUGUUGUUAACUUGUAGGAAUAUCAGGAUUAUGGUUGGUGAGCCGCCUUACAAAUGUGAUUUGAAGCCACUUAAUUUUUUUUUAAAUUUUCGUUCCAUUCUAGCCUUUUAGGAUUCGGUCUGGUUAAAAAAAAAAGGAUUUCAACUGACGUUGCACAGUGGAAAAGUAAAGGUCAUAAAUGUUCGGGAGCACCCUUGUCUCUAAAUUGUGCUGCGUGUCCUUAAUGACUAAAUAUGCUGGAUGCUUUCUGUUAUCUUAUCAUUGACAUUGCAGAUGCUAAAAUUUGAAGACUUGGGAAGCUUUUCCUAACGUUACUUAUUCAUUCUGAAGCAAGGGUAUAGGCCAGCAAAUGUUUGAAGACUUUGAAUGGUUAGACACUAUUCCUCACUCACAUUUUUGUUUUCAACACAAGCUUGAGCUUUGCUCUUAAAUUUUCACGUUCACAAAGACUUCCCGCCCCUUGCGCCACUUGGUGAUGCGAUAUCUUAUAAAAGCUACAAUGGCUGUGUGUUUGCUUUCCUAGAACCAUAAUGAGAGUGCUUUGUCUCCUGUCAUUGAUGCUGCUCCGUUGACAGUUUCGUCGCCGGAGCGCAAAGUCAUUUCACAUUCCAAGCAAACCAAUGGCAGGAAGUUUGCACCCUGUCUAGUUAGAAGAAAAGUGAAUUUAAAGAAGCAUUGGGCACAUUGCGAGCUGUCUGAGACUCUCCAAUUGUGCUGAAAAUGUUUGACUUGCAAUGUUGUACCCACAGCUUGCAGUGGAGUCCAUCGGCGAGUUCUUUUCCCGACGUCUAUGCCUUGUGUGCGCAGUUGGAGGAGGCUCAUUCUAGGUAGUCGUGGUGGAACGACCAUGUUUGGCGACUUGACGCCUACGUUUUUCUUUUUGCGUAGAAUCUUUUCCACAUCUUCUGACACUGCCAUUAGAUGGCCCAUGCUGCUCUGUGUACUUAUCGAAUACCUGACAUAGUAGUUUGCGCAGCCGGCAACCACAUAGUAUCUCCCGUGCAUCUUACACACGCUUGUACGAGUUGGUUUGAUGCACUACCGCCUUGUAGCCCCGCCAUGUUUGAGAGGGGAACAAAUGAGUUGUUAUAGCUUCCGCCGUUCUUGAAGCUGUGAGAAGCUUCUGAUCGAAAGUAUGUAUAGCCCUUGUUAGAGUGUUUCAGGUCACCCCCCUUCCCCCCCCCCCCCCCCCCCCUUUUUUUUUUGAAAUUUCGAGUUAAAAGCCCCGAUGCUCUGCUGCCUGUCUGCUGACGUUGCACGAAAGCACAGAGCACAUGUCUGAAUGCGUUUAUAGAGUUGUCUGUAUGGCUUUUAGAUACUGUACAAAGCUAGUGAGGAAACCUUGUUAAAAGUACUGUUUUGCGGCGCUUCUCGCCUCAAAGUGUCAAAUUGCCAAUGUAGUUGAAAGUACCAUGCAGCAGUGCGCUUGCUUUCUUCAUUGUCUGUGUGGUCCAAAUGCAACCAUCCUUCAAGUUUGUGUCGGUAAGCUAGUUGUGUGCUUGAUUUCUCUACUCAAUUGAUGAUAGUCAUGCUUGAUUUGGGUGUGUGCUUUUGUGUGUGGAUACCGUUCUGCUUCCCUGUGUUCUGGUCAUACGGAAUGUUGCGUCGACGGGGCAGCCCUGUUUAGAUGGUGCUCCCUCCUGAACCUGCCUGCGCUCGCAUUUUGCGCGAAGGUGGCAUUUUGUGGCGCAAGUUGUGUUUAAUGCCAGGCUUAGACGCCGAAUUUGCUUGUUUCGUUCAGAAUUAAUCAUAAGUAUGCUCCAUCUGCUGAAGGAAUGGUGGACGAAAAGAAUUAGGCUCUCCUUCGUAGAAGAAACAGUGGCACUGCCUAAUGCCGGGAGGGUUGCCAACUUCGCAUGCCAUCAACUCCACGGGGGGUGUUUCGACUUUCCUAGGAUAGACGGCACUACUGUUCCUUUCACCGAGAUGACUCAGAUGACGCAAACUUCUGGUCUAUUCUGGUUGAAUCAGACGAGCACUCCAUUCCAGGCAUGGUAGUAAACAAAAUGCACCACAAAGUGCCAGUUCUGUGCAAAAUGCGACGGCAAGUGAAGCAGCGGUUGAGACAGCGGAGACACUGGCCUCCCUUUCCGACUCAACACACAGUAUGUGUUUCUUAUCAGCACCGUCACUAGACGAGAACAGUGCUGAUAUUUUGCAGUUUUUUGUUUCGUGUUGGAACGAAAAACGUAAGAACUUUUCUGUUGUAUAGGAGCACUUUCCCGUUCUGUCUGCAAGUAAAGCAAGGAAUCCGAAACUGUGUGUGAUCUUUCACUGCCACUAAAAACAAGCGUAGAUGAGUUGCAGUUUUGGAAAGCCCGCAAAGUUACACCGCCGCAAUUGCACCAUGGCUUGUGCCUUGUGACUCUUUUGUGUUUAGGAGCCGAGACGAGUUUAAUGUGGCGCGAAUGUUAGCGUUGAGUGCUUUAAAGGCACAUUUUUGGCACACUCUUCCACGCAAUGUGUCAGCUGUUUGUGUCAGCACAUUGCUUUUCAUGUAUAAAACCUGUCCACCUAUAUUGACUUGGGUUUGCACCUCGAUGUCCUUCCUCUUCGCCUGAGAGUCCUGACAGCUUUAGACUAUGAUUCCUUGAAAUACUUCCAUUGUUUCCUACGAUGUGUACGGCAUAGAAGGAUGUGCGAACACCAUGCAAAAUAAAGUUGUACCAUAAAGA